AUGUCUUUGCUACAACGGUCUUCUGUAAUAAAUCCUCGAAUUCUCAAUUCAAGAAUUGUUUCCACCAAACUUCCAAUUUUUCAAAUUGGUUUGUUGAGGACAUAUAUUACUUCAAGGUGCAACGCCCCGCAAUAUACUAAACAACCAUCAUUUCCCCUUCAUCACUACAACAAUGGCAACAUAUUCAGAUUGACCAAAGCAUUAUAUUCCACAAAGACCGCCCCACCUCCACCACCACAACCUCCACAUGAUAAAGAUGCCAAAGGUAAGAAAAUCCUCAAUAGAAUAUCAAGAGCAUUUACAUUCUCAUUAUCAUCCUUAGUCGUACUUGGAGCUACUGGGAUUGCAUUAUUAGUCGUUUAUUUAAUCUUAUCAGAAUUAUUCUUACCUUCAGGAGAUACCAGAACUUUCAACAAAGCGGUCAAAUUGGUUGAACAAAAUGAAGCUGCUCAAAAAACAUUAGACUUCCCCAAGGGAACUAGAUUGAAAGCCCAUGGAAUGGUAGGUGGGAAUAAAUGGGUUCGUAAUAGACCAGCACAAAGUAUUAAGAGAAGGGGUAAGGAUGGUAAAGAUCAUUUAUUUAUGAAAUUCCAAGUUGAAACGGAUAAGGGAGAUUACGGGAUUGUUACUUUGGAACAAAUUGAUACUUCAUUUUGGAGUACCGAGUUUGCAUAUAUUGCUUUAGAUAUUCCUGGAUCGAGAAGAAUUUAUAUUAUUGAACCAAAAUUUAAACCAAAGAGUAUUUUACCAAGAUUGAAUAGUGGUGAUGGAUUCUUGGGACUUAAAUGGGGUCCAAAGAAAGAUGAUUAA